AUGCCUUCUACAUUUACAUUAAUUAAUAAUACAAUAAACAAACUCAAUCAAAUAAAUAUGACAAGAACGGCAGCAAUACCUUCAGAUAUGCCAUUACCACAGGAUAUCGAAGAAUCAUUUGAUUUAACAUGGAAUGAUAUUUUAUAUGAUGGCGGAUUAGGCACAUGGUUGCCACGAUCAUCAUUUCGUUGGUUAACAAUAUCCGUUUGUACAAUUGGUAUUAUUGGUAAUCUAUUGGCUGUAUGUACUUUAUUGCGUCGAAGGAUGCGUACUCUAUCAACGUAUGCUUAUUUAACAGCGUUAUGUCUCUCAAAUAGUGUCACAUUAUUAUCGGGUAUUAUAUUUGAGUUAGAAAUACUGUUUGCUCCAAGUCGUUUCAAUUGUGUCCUUGUUUCAUUAGCAAAAGCACUCGCUUCAAGUACAUUUGCUCUAUCAACGUGGAUAACAGUUGGUUUUACCAUAGAUCGAUAUAUUAUGAUUUGUUUUCCAUUUACCGGUGAAAAACUGUGUACACGUCGAAAUGCGUUACUCGUGUUAUGUCUAUGUCUUUUUUGGGCAUUGGCAUAUUUAGUACCACAAAUAUUAGCACACGAAUGUCACGCAAUGCCAAGUGUAAAUUCUUAUAAUUUAACGCAUGAUUUUGUACAUAUAGCAACGAACUCUAAUAAUCAUAAUAAUAAAAGUGAUUCAAUAUCAAUUAUAUUUUGGGUAACGGGUUUAAGUGAAAUUGGAAAAUCAUUAGCCUAUCGUUUAACAGUAACAUUAUUUGUAAAUUGUUUUCUUGUACGUAUAAUUCCAUUUCUUGUUGUAUUUAAAUUGAACUUGCAUCUUAUACAUACAUUAUCUCUGGCUAAACGGCGUCAUCGACAAAUGAAUCCAUAUGAAAAGAAACGUAACGAUGUUACACAUAUGCUUGUUGUAGUUAUUUCAAUUUAUCUUGUUUGUAUAAUGCCGUCGAUACCUUUCGCUGCCUUUUUCGCUUAUGAUCCAGAUAAAUACGUUGAUAUAUCCUAUCAUCAUCGUACGUUUCAAUAUUUAGAUGAAUUUGCGAAAUUUUUAAUGAUAUUUAAUUCUGCAUUACAAUGCUAUUUAUAUAUUUUUUUUGGUAAACGUUUCCGUCGUGAAUUAACACGCUUAUUAUGUUGUUUCUGUAUAAAAUAUCUGUAUAUGCGCAUACCACACACUAGAUCAAAUAGUGAUCGUGAAACAUUUUUACAAGAUUUAGGUAAUAAUGAUGGCUUUGAACUUGUACUUAGUGGUAAAUGGUCACUUGAUCAACGACAAGAUUCUAUAGCUGGCGUUGAAUUUAGUUUUCGUCAUCCAAGACGAUGGAGCCAUUUAACAGCAUCAUCAGCAGCAACAACAGCACGUUCCGAAGCAGCUGUUAAUGAUAAUCGAAUAAAUCUUGGUAUAUUGAAAUCUUUCAAAACUCGUGUUGAACAAUUAUUUGUUCGUUUUAAAUGA